UCCCCCGCUGUGGCCGCCGGCGCCGGGCCUGGCUGGAGCAUGGGGGCCUGGGAGCCGCCGCCAGCCCCGCGGCCGGGCCCGGCGGCUCCUCCUGUUCCGCGCGGGGCCGGGCUCAGCCGCUUCGUGCGGUGCCUCUACCUGGUGGGCUUCCUGGACUUCUUUGGUGUAAGUAUGGUUGUGCCUCUGUUAAGCCUUCAUAUCAAGUCUCUAGGAGCAAGUCCAACUGUUGCAGGAGUAGUAGGAUCUCUUUAUGGUUUACUGCAGCUCUUUUCCAGCACAUUUGUGGGCUGCUGGAGUGAUGUAAUAGGAAGACAGUAUUCCCUGAUUGCCUGUAUCCUCUUCAGUGCAGUGGGUUAUUUGCUGCUUGGCAUGUCCACCAGUGUGUGGUUAUUUGCCAUUGCUAGGGUACCUGUAGGUAUUUUCAAACACACUCUCUCCAUAUCAAAAGCUCUUCUUUCUGACUUGGUUUCUGAGAAAGAGCGCCCUCUUGUAAUAGGACAUUUCAAUGCAGCCUCUAGUGUUGGUUUCAUCCUGGGUCCUGUGGUUGGUGGCUACUUUACAGAGCUAGAAAGUGGCUUUUACCUGACAUCUUUCGUCUGUUCUUUCAUCUUCAUUCUGAACGCUGGCCUGGUCUGGAUGUUACCAUGGAGUGAGGAACACACAGAUAGUAAUGAAAAUGAACAGACCACCAGUAACAGCAAAGUGACAGCAAAGGCAAACUGUGACCUGCAGGCUGUUUUCUCAAAGGAAUGGUACAAGUUCAAGGGGAGGCCAGCCUGCCUGAGCCCUCAGAUUCAUACAGACUUAUCUGCUGCAGGAUCAUACCUCAAGACAGGAAUGCUCAGAGCUGUAGUUCAGAGAGAAAUUAUCUUUCAGAGGUGCAGUCCCCAGAGAUGAACGUAAUGUCUCCCGCCCUGUCACCAGCUUCCCCUGCCAGUCCUGCUCUACAGCUCUCCUCUGGCUCCAGUCUAUGCACCUCCCUGACCUGACCACACCCUUUUACACAGGAGGAUGUUAUUACUAGGGGCUGCUCCUACACUCUUCUCCCAAUUUCCAUGUUGUUCCUGGCAGUGCCUGCAUCUGCAAGGUUUGGAUUCCCCUCUGCGGAAGGUAGUUGCUGCUAAAUGCUAUCUUUGGAGAUGCCAGCUUUCACUUAAUGGCAAAUGGGAUUUGAUCUCUACUUCACCCAGGAAGGCAGGGGCCAUCAAUGGAUAAAAGAGAAACAAAGAAAGAAAGGGGAAAGAGCUGGAAUGCAAGUUCUGAGACUGGGCGUCAGAGCCACGAUUUCCAGUGCCUAGGAAAAUAAGCUUGGCAUCUUGCCAUUCUCACUAUUACCAUCCCAUGAGUCACACCUCACUGCUUUUCUUCUGCCUGGAGUCUUGUCUUGGGGGGUUUUUUGGCUUUGCAAUUCACCUCUUGAAGCUUCCAUGUUUAAUCAUUAUUUCUAGUCCAUAUGACUGUAAAGAGAGCUUUCUGAACUUAAGACAGCACAGCUUUGACUCAAUAGGCCUGCAGUUAAGGUUGAAACAAUGGCUCGAAGCCAGUGGCAUGAACACAUUCAAUCGGAUAUUAAGUCAGAAAUUAUUGAUCAUUAUAAAUAGCAACACACAAUAUUUCACUUCACAGAAAUAUCAAGCUAAUGUUUUUAUUCCAUGUAGCUGAAUGUUGCAUACAUGUGAAAGGAUACUGCUAUAAGCUUUCAAGUUCAACCAGAUUUUAUUUUUUGUGUUCUCUGUGUAUGAAUUUACUCCAACCCACUAUCACAUCCUGUAGAAUUACAACAGCUUGCCUUCCAGAAAGUACUUCGUGAAUUGAGUGAUAAUAUUUUAAAGUUUCAUUAUAACCAGAUGGCUAAUCUCCCCCAGCCCUUCAAUUUCAGUCUCCAAUCUUUGAAAUAUGCCCCCACUACUUAACCUGACAGAACUCAGGUCCCAGUUGUCUCUGGACUAGACCAAGGAUUUAAUGCCCCAAUGUGAUGUCCUAUUAGAGGAUCUGUGCUAACCUGCAAGAAGUAUUCUCUUUGUUAGGUAAACAAAGUGCUGAUCACUAUCACUAUAGAUCCCACAAUAUUUUUCACAAGGACAAGUAUGUUAAUUUCAUCAUCCUGGCCAAACUUCAGUUUAAUUCUGUCUCCCUAAAUUUCUCCCUUUGCUUCUGUGUUACAGAAAUUAUUCUGUCAUUGCAGACUUGUUUUUCUUGAAGGGAAUGAAAACCAUGUCUAUAGUCUAUACAUCAUUUCCGCCAAUAGAUGGUGCUAGGCGACAGACAUUUAUUUGGCUUCUAAUUUCCCAACACCCAUGAACUUUCUUUGACAUGGAAUAACAAAAGACAAAAUUCACAUUAUAGGCUGUAGCUGAAGGUGCUGAUUAGAAAGUCUUAAAGAUAAUGUUCCAAUUUACUUUCUCUCUGUAGGGAAAAAGGUAGUAAGAAACAUACUUCAAAAUAUUGUGAGUCUGUAACUGUAUGGUAUGCGUUUACUUACUGCUUUUCAUUCAUAGAUCUCAAAAUGCAUUUAAAAAUAAGCAUCAUCCUGUUUUAUAAAUUAAGUAAUUGAAGUACAAAGAGGUUAAGACCCAAGUUUCCAAAAAAUGGCCCUUAAUUUUAGGUGCCUCAGUUUUGGGGUAUGCAAUUUAAACACUUGGGGCUGUCUUUUCAGUCAGACUGAGUACCCACUAUGCCAGCUGAAGUCAGUGGAACAUGCAGGUUCUCAGGAGUUGUGAGAAAUCAGGGGCCACUUUUGGAAAUUUGACCCUAAGUGACUUGCUCAGUUAAAAGUCGCUGAUUUAGUCCUUAUCAGCAAAGGAAAGAGAGAGUGAGUAAACCAAACUAACCUUCUACAUGCAUAAUGUUAUCGCCUUUUUUUAAAGUCACAAUUCAAACUUAAUGCAAACCCCCAAAUCAUAAUCUCAUGAUGGGGAAAAUUUGGACCCGGAUUCAAAUGUGAAAAUUCCAGCACAGGCUCAUUUCUAAUUCGGAUAUGACGAGAGUGAGGGAGUAUAUGCUGAUCAUUCAAAUAGAUGUAAAAGGGAAAAAAACCAAGAUGCUGUUGAAAAAUGAAUUCAAAAUUAUUUGUAUAAAUUAACAUUGUAGCAUCACCUCACUCCAUCAUAAGCCAAAGAGAAAAAGAUGGCCAUGCACAGAUGACUGAUUCCCACAAUAACUAAACAUGGCCACAGUUCUUUUUGCAAAAAUCAACAUCUCACAGUAGAGAAAUUAUCUUGACGUGGGCCUUUGACUGAGACUUUAAAAAGAUCAUCUUUCCAUCUGCAUACAAUUGAGAAUUUGCAUUUGACAGACGCGAGAACUCCACAUAACCUGAACAGUAGAAAAGGAUUACAGUAACUGCAGCAAAAUUUAGGAAAGUUUGAGCCAUCCAAAAAAACCCCCAAAACAUCCCUCAAACAUAAAUAAAACUAAAACGGCCAGCUCUAAACUGAGAUGAGAAAGACAUGGGUGUUUUAGCAGCAGUAAUAGUAAUUUAUUUAUUUUAUGGUAGUAUCUAGUGACUCGAACUGAUGCCCCAUUGUGCAACAUGCUGUACAAACAAAAACAAGAGAUGGUUCCUGUCCCACAGAGCUUACAAUCUAGGAAAAGACAAAACAGACAAAGGAAGGACUAAUAUCCCCAUUUUACUGAGGGGAUACAAUGAGACCAAAUGAGCCACCCAAAGUCACAAGCAGUGCUGAGAACUGGACACAGAUUUCCUGAAUCCGACUCCAUGCCUCACCGUGACACCAUCCGCCCUCAGCCUGUGAUGAGUGUUAUAACAGUUCUGCUGCAUUUCCACAGCAGCCACAAACUGAGACAGAGGAGGCAUCAACUCCUCUGAGGGCCCGAUCCUGAUAACACUCAGCACCUAUCUACUCCCAUUGAGAUGAAUGAAAGUUGCGGGCAUUCAUUGCACUGAAGGUGCUCAGCACCUUUCACUGGUUAUAUGCUGGGGGAAAAAUGCUGAUAGGAUUACUCUGGAGCUAGUGUCCUUCACCUAUCUUUACUGCCCAUUUUCCAUGAACUGAAUGUGUUUCAGAAUCUGCUUCUGUAGCUAGGUCUUCCUUUUCUGAUCCUGUUCCAGCCUUCACAACCCCUAACCGCAUCCUACUAUCCUGGCCAUUCUAACAAUAAUCUGCAUUGAUUAAUGUAUUUGUCUUGCAAGGUCUAUGGGACAGGGGCAUAGUGCAAUUUUCAGUGCUAUUCACAUUAAAAAUCUGAUCUAGACAAGCAAAAUUCAAUCAUAAAUAACAUCUUAAAUGUACUAGAAUAUUUUUAAACAUUCUCUUCAUUGUAUGAGGUUUUUAAAACAUUCUUAGUUGGAUAAUUAAAUAUCAAACUUGGGCUAUUUGGUUCCAGAGCUGAUGGUUCCAGAGCUGAUGAUGAUAAAAGGCACAUUUUCCCCUUAGUAGUAAAAAGAACAUAAUUGUCAGAGCAUUGCUAAAAGUUGUUCAUAAAAGAUGUUUUCUUUUGCAUCUUGGGUUUAGUAUUUGCUGUAGUAUUUCAUCCAGUUAAUUAUAUGGGCAUGCAACCCAAAGGAUCCACACCAAGUUUUUAAAAUAGAUCCCAUUGUCCAGUCAGAUGGUUUAGAAUACUAAUUUAAAUCUGUAGUUUAUUAUUGAUAGUUCUACUUCAGCUGUUUUCAGUAUGGCUGAUUUGGAGAUGUAUUUUUAUGCCUUUCAGCUUCUGAUGCCCACCUGACUAUUCGCGGUGGUGGCAUUGGUCUUGUUGAUCUAACAUCUUCAGUCAAAUUUUCUUCACUCACUGUUCCAAAUCUUGGUCUCGAUAGCAGUGGUUGCCUGAACCCUCCAGAUGCUUGAGCUUCAUUGUCCGUUUCUCUGCGAUCUACCCUUCCAUCCUGGUCUCCAUUAACUUCAUUUCUCCACUCCAUUCUAAAUUGCCGCAGUGGCUGGUGCUGGCUCUGGUCUCGCAAAAUUUUUCGUGCUCUGGGUUUUAAAUUGAGCACUGUGGUAGGAAGCUCCAAUUCAGAGUCACUGCUGUCAGCACCCCCUACUGUUAAUUUUAAAACAAAAAUAAAAUGUUAGUUGAAGAAUAUCACUGUCUACACAGUGCUGUAAAACAAAAUAAUUGAGCCAUGCACAGUAUCAACCACAAGAAAUAAAAAUGCUUAUCUGUAUUUUGAAAUUCACAGCCAUUUUGCCUGUUUUCCCAGAAAUUUGCACAGAUAGAAUUUUGCACUUGUGCUCAGUUGGCUGAAUUUUUCACAAGCAUUUGUGACAUUUCCAGUUAUUCUAGACAGCAGUCCCAUGUGCUCCCUUCCACUUACACGAGGGAAAGGGAAUGCAGACAUAUGGAUGGGGCUUCUAGGGCACUUGGGGUCGCAGGGCUUGGACCAUAGGGCUAAAUAUUGCAGCGUAGACAUUCAGGCUCAGACUGGAGCCUAGGCUCUGAAACCUGUGAUGGGGGGGGGGGGGUCUCAGAGCCCAACUGACCCAGGCCCUUAGACUCAGUGACCCGGGUUUUUUAUUGCAGUGUAGAUGCAUCCAUAGGUUACAUCUACACUUCGAGCUGGAGGUGUAAUUCCCAACUCGGGGAGACAUACCCGCACUAGCUCUGAUUGAGCUAAUGCACUAAAAAUAGCGUUGCUAAAAAUAGUAGUGUGAGCAGUGGGAUGAGCUAGCUGCUCCGGUACAAUCCCAUCUGAAAUACCAGGCGUGUACUUGGGCAACUAGCCCCUCCCACAGCGCCACGGCUACAUUUCUGUUUUUAGCACACUAGCUAGCUUGGAGGGUAUGUCUCCUCAAGCUGGAAUUUAUACCUCCAGCUCAAAGUGUAGCAAUGUCCAUACUGGGAAAGUGUCAGGUCUGCUGCAUUUACUCCCUCCCCAGCCCUGAAGAACUCCCACUGGGAAUGUUCCACAGAUAUUGCUUUGGUAGGGUUUGUAUGGGCAAGAGGGGUGGAUGAGCUGCUCUUUGCGAUGUUUUGCCCUCUCUGUGCAGCCGUUAUUACACUGGGCAUCCUUGCCUAAGUAAAUAGUACUCAAAUCACUAUAAAGUCAGCCUCUGUGCAUGCACACUUCUCCCUGAAGGAACUGCAUGGCCCAGGGUGGAGGAGGUCCAGAGAAGCAGCACGAAGGGACCAACCCUCCACCAGACAAAGGAUCUUCCCUAGGGAUCUGUGGAGGUGGUAGGUCAUGUCUCCUCCUCUCUACACCACCAGAAGGGACAAUGUCAAGGAAAUACCAUGUAGUAAAUCUUACAGUUUCCAACCCCUCAGACCCCUUCUCAUUGGUCUCCCCAGGGAAGAGUACAAAUUGUCUCAAUGAAAGCUGUGGUAAUUUAUCAACAAAUAAUCUUAAAUGGUCACUGUCUGGUAGUUUAAGUUGAUAAUAUUCCUGAAGAUAGAUAUAGAUCAAAAUGAUUUUCCGUUUAGCAGCAUUCCUUUAAAUUUCUUAAUAUUUUCCUCAAUAUUUGCAUACUUUCCAUAAUUUUAAUACUUCCAUAUUUUAUAGCAUUUACUAUUUACAAAUGAAUUGUGGUAUUUUCUAUACUUAAGUCAGUUAUGGUGCUUUAAAUCUAUUUUUAAUAGUAUUUAAGAGGAGUACAUUGUGGGACUGUCAUAGGAAUGGUUCCCAUUAGUACUCUUCACAGCAUUUCUCUUGCAUAAAGGAGGAAGAGGUCAACAAAAUAUAUCCUCAUAUAAUUGUCCAUCCACCCACAUAAUUUCACAGAAAGAAAACCUUUCUCCAUCUCUGGUGGCAGGCUUAUUUCUUUUUUUUCUAAAUGUGUCAAAUUAUAUAUUUUUUGACAAUUGAAUAAUCUUGAGGCACAUUUCCUUUUCAGUGUUUAAUUUUAGGUGACAGUGGAUGACCUCUGUAGACAGAGCUACAGAAUAAAAGGCAUCACUACACUCCAGGAGAGCAAAGACAUAAUUACCAACUUGCAAGGACAUGGUCCAUCGCUAAACUUGUGGGGGGGUCAUAUUCCACUAAUUAUGGUGGGCAGUAUGGUCUGGAAAUGUCACUGAAUCUAAAUGUAGGUUUCAGAGUAGCAGCCGUGUUAGUCUGUAUCCAUAAAAAGAAAAGGAGUACUUGUGGCACCUUAGAGACAUGCUCGAAUAAAUUUGUUAGUCUCUAAGGUGCCAUAAGUACUCCUUUUUAAUCUAAAUGUAUUGCAUCUUCCCAGGGGUAGCUCCUGAUUGUUACUUUACGUGGGAGAGAAUCAGAUGGAGCUCAUUCUAUCUACUUAUAAAUUAUAAUAAAAAUAAUAUAGAGGGCAAGCCAGAGAUGUUCCAUUGAAACCAUUUUUCUAUGGAAAACUCAGAUUUCAACAAAACGAAAUUUUUCACAAAGGCUGUCUACUUUCCAUGGAAUAUUAAAAAAAUUUUGGUGAGAAACCAAAUGCCUAAACACCGGUUUGGCAAACACUGAGAUAUUUGGGGAGUGAAAUUGUCAUAAAUAUAAAGGGAAGGGUAAACCCCUUUGAAAUCCCUCCUGGCCAGGGGAAAACUCCUCUCACCUGUAAAGGGUUAAGAAACUAAAGGUAACCUCGCUGGCACCUGACCAAAAUGACCAAUGAGGAGACAAGAUACUUUCAAAAGCUGGGAGGAGGGAGAGAAACAAAGGGUCUGUGUCUGUCUGUAGUCGUCUUGGCCGGGGAUAGACCAGGAAUGGAGUCUUAGAACUUUUAGUAAGUAAUCUAGCUAGGUAUGUGUUAGAUUAUGAUUUCUUUAAAUGGCUGAGAAAAGCAUUGUGCUGAAUAGAAUAACUAUUUCUGUCUGUGUAUCUUUUUUGUAACUUAAGGUUUUGCCUAGAGGGGUUCUCUAUGUUUUUGAAUCUAAUUACCCUGUAAGAUAUCUACCAUCCUGAUUUUACAGGGGGGAUUUCUUUAUUUCUAUUUACUUCUAUUUUUUAUUAAAAGUCGUCUUGUAAAAAACUGAAUGCUUUUUCAUUGUUCUCAGAUCCAAGGGUUUGGGUCUGUGGUCACCUAUGCAAAUUGGUGAGGCUUUUUAUCCAACAUUUCCCAGGAAAGGGGGGGUGCAAGUGUUGGGAGGAUUGUUCAU